UUUGUCUGAACUCUGUGCCGUUUGUUAAUGUUAAUAAUGGCGCAUUUUCUUAGAAAAGCAAAGAGGAAAUCCCAUUCCGCUUCCACUUCCAUAACCAACACAGCAACCCCCAUAUAAACCCCACUCUUCCCCAGAAAACAACUAGGCCUAGAAAAUCUAUUUUCAACCUCAAUAUUCACUGUUUGGCUAGCGAGAAAAUAAUAAAAAGCUCGGGAAUUUUUCCUUGCAAAAUUCAAAUGGAAAAAAAUUUAUACUUUCUCUAAUUUCCAGAAAGAAAAUUUCGAAAAAGGGAGUGGUGGGUGGGGUCCAAUUGAUCUCGAGGGGUGUACGGUGGAGUGGCAACAUAGUUUUGGGCUAUUUAUGAACACGAGAUCCUGAUUAUCGGUACAGUGAUUGGAGUAGGAUGAGGAGGAUGGUUCAUCCUACUCUAAAGUUGAUGUUGUUGCUGUUGAUGCUUCUUGGAUUGGUUUCAAUACUAGUAAAUGCCUCUUCUAUCCAGAGUGAUUUUGGGCACUGUGACAGAGUUGUAAAAAGGUGGGCAUUUUCCUCACUUGAUCAGGAAAUCAAAGAAGACCGGCACACACUGCGGGACUUGCUGUUUUUUCUCCAUGUCCCAAGAACAGGAGGCCGCACAUAUUUCCAUUGCUUCUUGAGAAAGUUGUACUCUAACAAUCUUGAAUGCCCCCGUUCUUACGACAAGCUGCGGUUUGAUCCAAGCAAGACAAAAUGUAGGCUUUUGGUUACUCAUGAUGACUAUAGCAUGAUGUCCAAGCUUCCAAAUCAAAGAACUUCUGUGGUGACAAUACUUAGGAAUCCAGUUGAUCGGGUUUUCAGUACUUAUGAAUUUUCAAUUGAGGUGGCAGCUAGAUUUUUGUUGCAUCCUAACUUAAGUUCCCUGAUACAAAUGUCUGCGCGCAUGCGUUCUGAGACUAGGGGAGUCAGCACACUGGAUAUUUGGCCAUGGAAGUAUCUGGUUCCCUGGAUGAGAGAAGACCUCUUUGCUCGGAGAGAUGCUAGAAUACAAAAGGGCUCACGUGACAUUAAGAGCAAUUUUUCAUAUGACAUUGAGGAUAUUGUUAUGCCAUUACAUAAAUACAUCAAUGAUCCUGUAGCCCAUGAUAUCAUUCACAAUGGAGCCACAUUCCAGGUUGCAGGAUUGACAAACAACUCUUAUCUAGCAGAAUCACAUGAGGUGCGCCAUUGUGUACAAAAGUAUAAAAUUCUUGGUGACCAUGUGCUUCAAGUUGCGAAGAAUAGAUUGGACAAUAUGUUAUAUGUUGGUCUCACUGAAGAACACAAAGAAUCUGCUACAAUGUUUGCAAACGUGGUUGGUGCACAGGUGAUUUCCCAACUGAGAGCAUCAAACACCAGUAUGAAGAGUGUAUCUAACAAAAAAUCAGAACAGAGCCCUUCGUUCUUGGAUUCUGAUCCUGAUAACAAUGACCAUCAGAAUAGCAGCUCUGACCAAAAUGCAGGUCACCUUGCUUCAAAUGAAGAUGGUGAAGCAAUGAAAGAAAAUAUGACUGUGGAAGACCUUAUGGAAGCCUAUGAAGGGUGCAUCUCUAGUUUAAGGAAAUCCCAAGCAGCUCGGCGCACUUCUUCUUUGAAGAGAAUUUCCCCUGCAAACUUUUCGAAGGAGGAACGUCUUCAGGUUCCUGAAAUGCUCCUGGAGCAGAUAAGAUCACUUAACCACCUUGAUUUGGAGCUCUACAAGUAUGCUCAAGAAAUUUUUGAAAAGCGACACAAACAUACAAUGGAGAAGCUUGUUACUGCUGAGAUGUGGGAGAGCAUGUUUAACAACUCAUAUGGCGGUGUGUUUUGGAAAGUCUUCCCGUUAGUCAUGACCAUUAUCUUACUCUUUUGUCUAUUUGUUCUUUUUGUAAAUGCAAGAAGAAGAACAUCAAAAGUUAAGAUAUAAAUCUUAUUUAAUGACAAUUUGUAGGGAUUGCAGGCUUUAAAAAAAAUUGAGAGGAUCUUAUAGAAUAAUGGUGAACAUAAUAGUGUCUAUCCCUGUUUGAUUGCUUAUGCAUCACAUGUUGGAAGCUUAACCAUCGAUCUCAAAUUGUUUUGCAUAAGGUUGAAGUUUUAUGACAUGGUUUUUCACCAAUGGCAAAUGUAUUGCACUGAUCAGAUUUGCAUUCACAUCAAAUUGGCCAAAAGCCACAUGUGCAGUUGGACUUUUGUCUUUAAUUAUCAAUUUUGUGCA